AUGGUGGUACACUUUCUGGAGUGUAAAACUUCCCUGCAGGGAAUAGUAGGAAAAGUGCAAGAUGUCAAUGGCAAGUACACCCCUAUAAUUUUUAGACAGCUGCACAGAGCAAUGCCAUUCUUGAGUCAGACGAAGGUACAACAGUGUACAGGCGACUGUAGUGUAUUACUGGUGGUUAACUCGUGCUCUCUCCUGUUAGACCCUAUAAAAUGGCCUGCUGCUUAUGACCUCAGUGUCUCACUGGAAGAGCUCUGCAAACACGACAUUGAUCUAGCAGUGAAAAGCUACAAAAGUCCUCCUGAAGCUCUGGACGUUCCGCAAAACUCCAUUUAUCCCAGAGAUAAUGUGAGAGUUGGUAGAAAAAGCACACUCAUCUGUCAUUCAGCACGUUUCUUCCCUCCUCCUGUCCGCAUCACCUGGACCAGAAAUGGUGUAAAUGUGACUGAUGAAUCCUCACUCAGUCAGUACUACCCGAAUCAAGACGACACCUACAAUCAAUUCUCCCACCUGCCCUUCAUUCCACAGGAAGGAGAUGUUUACACCUGCAUGGUGGAGCACAAGUCCCUGGAGACACCCGACACCAAGACAUGGGAGGUGGAUGUUGAGAUUCCCAGUGUGGGUCCGGCUGUGUUCUGUGUAGUGGGUCUGGCUGUAGGACUGCUCGGAGUCGCUACUGGAACUUUCUUCCUCGUCAAAGGAAAUUAAAGCUCACAUUACUGCUCUGAAGAUCUACAAUCUCAAUAAAUCCAUAAAGUUCCUUAACUGUAUCUAAUACAUUGAUAAAAUGAAUGUUGGUGAAAAAGUAACAAACAGAAAUAAUAUUACAAAAUGUGUAAUAAUUGUAAUACAUUUGCAUUUUAAACUGCAUUAGCAGGUAUUAUAGGAGUCAUACAGGCCCCUUUAUGCAUAUCAAUUUUGUGGCUUUUUUUUUUUUUAUCAUACACAUGCCAUUCACAAUGAGAUAUUCAGUUCAUAGGAUAUAGAUGCAAAGUUCACAAGCCAGCCUAAGAGACAUAAACUCACCUCUGAAUAUAAUAUUUCCCAUAAUUAUGCCCCGGCUAGGACUUGCACACAAGCAGCAAACAACAGACACGUGUUCGUGUGUAUUUUGUUUGUCUCAGAGAUCAUAAAUUUAUGCUAUUACCAAACACCUUAAAUAAGGAAUCAACAUGUGUUUUUGGCCUAUUACUGUAGCUUGUACAGUAUAAACACCGCACAUGCCAGACUUAUUAAUAAGUGUCAUGGUUAAAUCUCUCCAUACUGAGUGUAUCGCGCAAGUUUACCAGCUGUAUUGUUAAACCACUUUAAUGCUUUCUGCUCACUCUGAUACAGUGAGUGUCAUGUUUAUUUAAUUCUUCUGUAUCACGUUAUUGCUGAUAUGUUUAUAAAGUUUUAGAAAUUAUAUUAUUAUAGUUUUUGAUA